CCCGGCACCCUCUCUCGUCUCUCUCCCCGCCCGGGGAUCCGCGGGAGUUUCGGACUUUUGCAACUGUUGGAGUGUGUUCCGGAGCCGGGCGUUUCUUCUCCGCUUUCUUGAAACCAAAGCCCGGAGCUGCCCUCCGCCUCGCGCGUCCACCACCGCCGCGCCGGGGAGCUGCAAUAUGAGGACACUUGGGGUUCGCCUGGCGACUUUGGCCGCACUUUUGCUAACUGCAGCGGGGGAGACGUUUUCAGGUGGUUGCCUCUUUGAUGAACCCUAUAGCACUUGUGGAUAUAGUCAAGCUGAAGAUGAUGACUUUAAUUGGGAGCAAGUGAACACCUUGACCAAACCAACUUCUGAUCCAUGGAUGCCAUCAGGUUCUUUUAUGUUGGUGAAUACAUCUGGGAGACCUCAAGGGCAAAGAACCCAUCUUCUCUUACCUCAGCUGAAAGAAAAUGACACUCACUGCAUUGAUUUUCACUAUUUUGUAUCUAGCAAGAGUAAUUUUGCUCCUGGAUUACUCAAUGUCUAUGUGAAGGUCAAUAAUGGACCAUUAGGGAAUCCAAUCUGGAAUAUAUCUGGAGAUCCAACUCGUACAUGGAAUAGGGCAGAACUGGCCAUUAGCACUUUUUGGCCCAACUUUUAUCAGGUGAUCUUUGAAGUAGUAACUUCAGGACACCAAGGUUACAUCGCUAUUGAUGAAGUAAAGGUCUUAGGACAUCCAUGUACCAAGACUCCCCACUUCUUGAGGAUCCAGAAUGUGGAGGUGAAUGCUGGCCAGUUUGCCACUUUCCAGUGCAGUGCCAUCGGAAGGACUGUGGCAGGUGAUAGGCUCUGGUUACAGGGUAUUGAUGUGCGAGAUGCUCCUCUGAAGGAAAUCAAGGUGACAAGUUCUCGAAGAUUCAUAGCUUCCUUUAGUGUUGUCAACACUACCAAACGAGAUGCUGGGCAGUACCGCUGUAUGAUUCGCACUGAAGGAGGCGUUGGAAUAUCAAACUAUGCAGAGUUGGUAGUUAAAGAACCCCCUGUCCCCAUUGCCCCACCUCAGCUUGCCUCUGUGGGUGCAACCUACCUGUGGAUACAACUCAAUGCCAAUUCUAUCAAUGGAGAUGGGCCCAUUGUGGCCCGAGAGGUGGAAUACUGCACAGCAAGUGGGAGCUGGAAUGAUCGACAACCAGUGGAUUCUACAAGUUACAAAAUUGGGCACCUAGAUCCAGACACAGAGUAUGAGAUCAGUGUGUUGCUCACCAGGCCAGGGGAAGGCGGCACUGGUUCUCCUGGGCCUGCUCUCAGAACUAGAACAAAGUGUGCUGAUCCUAUGCGUGGCCCAAGAAAACUGGAAGUAGUAGAAGUCAAAUCUCGACAAAUCACUAUCCGCUGGGAACCAUUUGGCUAUAACGUGACUCGUUGCCAUAGUUAUAAUCUCACAGUCCACUAUUGUUACCAAGUUGGAGGCCAGGAACAAGUCCGGGAAGAAGUGAGCUGGGACACAGACAAUUCACACCCUCAGCAUACAAUCACAAACCUCUCACCAUAUACCAAUGUGAGUGUGAAACUCAUCCUCAUGAAUCCUGAGGGACGGAAGGAAAGUCAAGAACUCAUAGUGCAGACAGAUGAAGAUUUGCCAGGUGCUGUUCCUACUGAAUCUAUUCAAGGAAGUACCUUUGAAGAGAAGAUAUUUCUUCAAUGGCGAGAACCAAUUCAAACAUAUGGUGUUAUCACUUUAUAUGAGAUCACCUACAAAGCAGUCAGUUCCUUUGACCCAGAAAUAGAUUUAUCCAAUCAAAGUGGAAGAUUUUCAAAACUGGGAAACGAAACCCAUAUUUUAUUUUUUGGACUGUAUCCAGGGACCACGUAUUCCUUUACUAUCCGAGCUAGCACAGCUAAGGGAUUUGGACCUCCAGCAACAAAUCAAUUCACCACCAAAAUUUCAGCACCCUCUAUGCCAGCCUAUGACCUUGAGACCCCUUUGAAUCAAACAGACAAUACGGUGACGGUCCUGUUGAAACCUGCACACAGCAGAGGUGCACCUGUCAGUGUCUACCAGAUAGUUGUUGAAGAAGAACGUCCCCGCAGAUCUAAAAAGACAACAGAAAUCUUAAAGUGCUACCCAGUGCCAAUUCACUUCCAGAAUGCUUCAAUAUUGAACUCUCAGUACUACUUUGCUGCAGAAUUUCCAGCAAACAGCCUCCAGGCUGCUCAGCCCUUUACUAUUGGUGAUAAUAGAACAUACAGUGGAUAUUGGAAUACUCCUCUUCUUCCCCAUAAAAGCUACAGAAUUUAUUUUCAGGCAGCUAGUAGAGCUAAUGGGGAAACCAAAAUAGAUUGUGUUCAAGUGGCCACAAAAGCUGCGAUAAUCGUGACUCAGCUUACAACACCUUACAUACGCAUCGCCCCUGCUGCAGGCGACGACCAGCUGACAGGAGCUGCCACUCCAAAACCAGUUCCAGAACCUGAGAAACAAACGGACCAUACUGUUAAAAUUGCUGGAGUCAUUGCUGGAAUCUUGCUGUUUGUUAUUAUCUUUCUUGGAGUUGUGCUGGUAAUGAAGAAAAGGAAACUAGCCAAGAAGCGGAAGGAGACAAUGAGCAGCACCCGGCAGGAGAUGACCGUGAUGGUGAACUCGAUGGACAAGAGCUAUGCUGAGCAAGGCACAAACUGCGAUGAGGCAUUCUCUUUCAUGGACACUCAUAAUCUAAACGGAAGAUCUGUUUCUUCACCAUCAUCUUUUACAAUGAAAACGAAUACAUUGAGCACCUCGGUACCUAAUUCCUAUUAUCCAGACCCAUUUGUGCCAACUGCAAUUUUAGAUGAGACACACACAAUGGCCAGUGAUACCAGCAGCCUGGUGCAAUCCCACACUUACAAGAAGCGUGAGCCUUCCGAUGUGCCUUACCAGACUGGACAGCUUCACCCCGCCAUCCGGGUGGCAGACUUACUUCAACACAUCACUCAGAUGAAGUGUGCAGAGGGUUACGGCUUCAAAGAGGAGUAUGAAAGCUUCUUUGAAGGGCAGUCUGCACCAUGGGAUUCUGCUAAGAAAGAUGAGAACAGAAUGAAGAACAGAUAUGGGAAUAUCAUUGCAUAUGAUCAUUCCCGGGUGAGGCUGCAGACCUUAGAAGGAGAUACCAACUCAGAUUACAUCAAUGGAAAUUACAUCGAUGGUUAUCAUCGACCCAAUCAUUAUAUUGCCACCCAAGGACCCAUGCAGGAGACCAUCUAUGAUUUCUGGAGGAUGGUUUGGCAUGAAAACACGGCGAGCAUAAUCAUGGUGACCAAUCUCGUGGAAGUGGGGAGGGUCAAAUGCUGCAAAUACUGGCCAGAUGACACCGAGAUAUAUAAAGACAUUAAAGUUACUCUAAUAGAAACAGAACUACUGGCAGAAUACGUGAUCAGAACAUUUGCCGUUGAAAAGGGAGGGGCCGGAAGUGAAGCAAACUGCAGUCCAUCCAGAGAAGUGUCACAGAGGGGCGUGCAUGAAAUCCGAGAGAUCAGGCAGUUUCACUUCACUGGCUGGCCGGAUCACGGAGUCCCCUAUCACGCCACGGGGCUGCUGGGAUUCGUCCGACAAGUGAAAUCCAAGAGCCCACCCAAUUCAGGCCCAUUGGUGGUACACUGCAGUGCUGGUGCUGGGAGGACUGGCUGCUUCAUUGUCAUUGACAUCAUGUUGGACAUGGCAGAAAGGGAAGGGGUGGUGGACAUCUAUAACUGUGUCCGGGAGCUGCGUUCUCGGAGAGUGAACAUGGUGCAGACAGAGGAACAGUAUGUGUUUAUCCAUGAUGCCAUCCUAGAAGCCUGUCUCUGCGGGGACACAUCUGUCCUUGCUUCCCAAGUUCGGUCUCUGUAUUAUGACAUGAACAAACUGGACCCACAAACAAACUCAAGCCAGAUUAAAGAGGAAUUCCGGACUUUAAACAUGGUGACUCCUACGCUGCGUGUGGAAGACUGCAGCAUUGCGCUUUUGCCUCGGAACCAUGAGAAAAACCGGUGCAUGGACAUCCUGCCCCCAGACCGCUGCCUGCCUUUCCUCAUCACCAUUGAUGGCGAGAGUAGCAACUACAUCAAUGCAGCCCUCAUGGAUAGCUAUAAACAGCCUUCAGCUUUCAUAGUCACUCAACAUCCUUUGCCAAAUACAGUCAAAGACUUCUGGAGACUGGUCCUGGAUUAUCACUGCACGUCUGUUGUUAUGUUAAACGAUGUGGAUCCUGCCCAGUUGUGUCCACAGUACUGGCCAGAGAAUGGAGUGCACAGACACGGUCCCAUUCAGGUGGAAUUUGUUUCUGCUGAUUUAGAAGAGGACAUCAUCAGCAGAAUAUUCCGUAUUUAUAAUGCAGCCAGACCCCAGGACGGCUAUCGGAUGGUGCAGCAGUUUCAGUUCUUAGGCUGGCCAAUGUACAGGGACACUCCAGUAUCUAAGCGCUCCUUCCUGAAGCUCAUUCGCCAAGUGGACAAGUGGCAAGAGGAGUACAAUGGUGGUGAAGGCCGCACAGUUGUGCACUGCUUGAAUGGGGGAGGCCGCAGUGGGACGUUCUGUGCCAUCAGCAUCAUUUGCGAGAUGCUCCGGCACCAGAGGACAGUGGAUGUCUUCCAUGCUGUGAAGACACUGAGGAACAAUAAGCCCAAUAUGGUGGAUCUUCUGGAUCAGUACAAGUUCUGCUAUGAAGUGGCCCUGGAAUACUUGAACUCUGGCUGAUGACAUUACCAGCUCCACAAACAAACCGUUUCAUCCCACAAAGCCAAGAUGUUCUGUGGUAUUUGUGUCGAUGGGAUGAAAACUUCACAAUAUGCUUAUUUUGCUUUGCAUAAUUGGCUCUUUUUAAGAGCCCAAGAAAGUCUUUAUAAAACUGCUUGCACUGCCCAAUUCCCAGUAAUGCUGCUGCUGUCUGACAGAAACACACACACACAGCAUACAGUCGUCAAAUACUGUACUCCUGGCAUCAGCUUGUUCGAGCAGCGUAGACAUCUGGUAAAUUGAAGAGCACAAUUAUAUUCUUAUGAAGGAAUUUGUACCUUUGGGGUAUUAUUUUGUGGCCCGUGAACCUUUGUUAUUGUUGGAGCUGAGUGUACAUUUUUGUUCUGUGGAGAAUGCUACCUGGCAUUAUGAUAAUAUAUUCUUUUAGUUAAUAUUUGUACUUUAACAUUGUUGCAUAAUAGAAGCUUAUGUAGCUUUCUAAGACUAACAGAUAAACAUAUAAUGAACAAAAAUCUAUUGUAUGAGCUAUUGUUUUUAUCUGAUUUAUAUUGCUUCCCAGGAAAAGGCUUGGGAGGAAUUCAAAAUUGCAAAGACUGAUGAUCAGAUUCACAAUCCAAAGCUUUUCCAUUUGUUUAUAUUGUAAAUAUUUUUGAUUUCAUCAAAUUAUUUAUUCAUUAAAAGAAAUUUUUAUGAAGCA